AUGUCUUAUGCAAUUUUCGUGGUGGGGGUCAUCGGUGAUCACCAAGGCACUAUAGACCAUUUUGCACAGAAGCCAAAAAUGGUAACAGAUUAUAAUUUAGGGAAAUCUUCAGUUGAUUUAUCUGAUCAAAUGACUGCUUAUAGUUCACCAAUGCAAAAAACUAUAAAGAUGAAGUUAGCGAUGUAUUUAGUGAAAUGUUUUGAUGAUGAAGAUUUCAUUUCAUUAAGAAAUUGCAUACAGAAAAAGCGUCGUCAUGAACUUAAAAGGGAACCGGGAAGUAUGCGAAAUGUAAUGCGAAAUGUGAUUUUGCAAAGUGCUACGAAAAAAAUUCAAAACUUAGGAAGAAUGAGAGCAAAGAAUUGCACUAAAAAGGUGGCGACAUAUUGUGCCGAAUAUCCUAGUUCAUCUUUUCUUUGCCUACCGUGUUUCAAUGUGGCUCAUCGUUAUGUGCACAAAUAA